UGGCCUAAUAACUCUAUAGAAGCUUCUCUUUCUCGAAGCAUUCGAGGAAGCGCGGCUCAACGGAUUGAUUUUCAUGUAGGACUAAACUUAGAUUGUUAGGCUUUACGUACUUUAUUUCGUUUCAGUGCUCUCGAGGCACUGUAGUGCUCUGAAUUUGAAUGGAAAGAUUUCUGGAAGUACGUUGCAAUUGUGCUCCGUCACCCUUCGGCCUCCCGUUUGAUGCCACUGGUUCAAUAUGAAAUGUGACAACAUGUAUAAUUUCAUUUCUUACAAGAUGACACCUGCGAAAAUUCAAUGGAAAUCUUAGUAACCUGAGAGUGGAUAAGAUAAUUAGACACGUUGCCGCAGUUUGACUAUUACUACCGGUUCUUUAUCCAUCGUUGAUUGAUACUUCUAUGUGGUACUACGCCUCCGAUCCCAUGACGAAUAGUAGCUUUAUUUUGGUCUUAGUUCAGAGCUGGUAUUCGUGCAGCUAGCCCUCCUCACGUGUUUGCGCGGAGCUGAAGUGGUUGCUGUGUAGUGUAUUGGUUUUCGGUAGUGGCUCCACUAAUUCUAUUAACCUGUUGUUUGUAUCACGAACACUGACAAUGACGCGGUUAAUGGAUCUCUCACAAAAAUUUCACGAGGAACUAGCCGCCGUCAUAGAGAUCGUGUCGAAUCGGGCUACAGCGAACUCAUACAGGAGGUCUGCGAAGAUUGAUGCAAUACCUACGACCGAAUUCUUUAAAAAGCUGUACGGAAAACGCAAAGCUGAGUCUUCGGGCGCACCGGCCAAAAAGGUCAAAAAAACCGAAGCUUCCAGUGAAUCUUCUGAUUCUGAAUCUCACAAGGCAGGCCCCAAAAAGACGGCCACCUUGGGACUUAAAUCUGUGGCUAAAGACGACUCAUCUUCUGAUUCAAAUUCUGACGAAGAGAAAUUCGAAGCAGUUUCUGGUCCAGUGAAGCCAGUGGUGAAGGCUCCUCCAAAUAAUGCUGAGUCAUUGGACUCCGACUCGGACUCUGAAGAAGAUCCGAAGAAGAUUCUUUCCUCAACAAAAGGCUCUGACAUUGUAAAAGAUGCUCCUAAAAAGAUGGUUAUAUCUGCUAAGCAAGUUGCAAAGUCGUGCGUCAAAAAGGAUGACUCCUCUGAUUCAGAUUCAAGUUCCGAGCAGGAUACUUCAAAGAAACCCAUCACUCCGGCAAAAUCAGUGCCAAAAACAUUUGUUCAGAAAACUCAAUCUUCCGAUUCUGACUCUGAUUCUGCUGAAGAGCUUUCCAAAAAACCUACCCCAAUUAAACCUGUAAUGAAGGCAAAAAAGGAUGAGUCUUCUGAGUUAAAACCUGGUUCAGAUGAAAAAAAACCUAAGAAAGUUGUUACCUCGGCUAAACCGUCUCUAAAGGCUCUUACAAAAAAAAAUGAGUCCUUGGGUUCUUCGAAAAAGGUAGUGACUGCUGCAAAUUUUGCUAGUAAGGCUUUUACGACAAAAGAGGAGUCUUUUGAUUCAGAUUCAGACUCUGAAGAAGAAAAGGCUCCUAAAACAGCAGCUAUUUCAGGAAAAGUUACUGAUAAGGUUUUUACAAAGAAAGACCAGUCUUCAAAUUUUAAAUCACAAGAGCAACAACCUACUAGGAGGGUAGUCACUCCAACAAAAACACUUAAGGCUCCUAUCAGAAAGCAAGAGUCCUCAGACUCCGAAGAGGAGAAGACUUCUAAAAAAGUAGUGGUUUCUACAAAACCUGCAAAAAAAAUUGGUGCGAAAGUGAAUAAGUAUUCGGGUUCAGAUUCAGAUUCAGAGGAGGAACAGUCUCCAAAGAAAACGGUCAUUCCGGAAAAAACACAAGUAAAAACUCCUAAAAAAGACACGUCCUCAGAUUCAGACUCUGAAGAAGAAAAGGCUUCUAAAAAAAUGGUACCACUCGCAAAGCCUGCAGUAAGGGCUGCUUCAAAGGAAGACGACUCCUCGGAUUCGGAUUCAGAUUCGCAAGAGGAAGAAAUUUCCAAGAAAAGGCUCAUUCUGGCAAAACCUCCGGUUAGGGCCCCUGUCAAAGAAAGCGAGUCCUCAGAUUCAGAUUCCGAAGAGGAGAAAGCUCCUAAAAGGAUAGUCAUUCCAGUAAAAACUGCUGUAAAGAAACAGGAGUCCUCGGAAUCCGAUUCCGAUUCAGAAAAGGAACAGCCUCCUAAAAAAGUUGUCCCUCUGGCAAAACCUGUAGUAAAAGCCUCUGUGAAAAAAGAUAAGUUUUCAGGUUCGGACUCUAGUGAGGAAAAGGCCCCCAAAAAGGUAGUUACUUCGGCGAAACCUGUUGCUAAAGCUUUUACAGUGCAAAGCAAAUCUUCGGAUUCGGACUCUGAUGACGAACAGGUUCCCAAAAAGGCAGUCACUUUGGCGAAACCAGUUGCUAAGGUUGCCAUAAAGGAGAACGCAUCCUCAGAGUCGGACUCGGACUCGGAUUCCGAUGAAGAACAGGUUCCCAAAAAGAUAGCCACUUCGGCAAAACCAGUUGCUAAGGUUGCCACAAAGGAGAACACAUCCUCAAACUCUGACUCCGAUGAGGAACAGAUUCCCAAAAAGGCAGUCAUUUUGACGAAACUAGUUGCUAAGGUUGCCACAAAGGAGAAUGCAUCCUCGGAGCGGACUCGGUCUGAUGAAGAACAGGUUCCCAAAAAGGGAGUCAGUUCGGCGAAACCAGUUGCUAAGGUUUCUACAAAAAAGAACGCAUCCUCGGAUUCGGAUUCGGAUUCCGAUGACGAACAGAUUCCCAAAAAGGCAGUCACUUUGACGAAACCAGUUGCUAAGGUUGCCACAAAGGAGAAUGCAUCCUCGGAGACGGACUCGGACUCUGAUGAGGAACAAGUUAAUAAAAAGGCAGUUACUACGGCGAAACCAGUUGCUAAGGUUGCCACAAAAAAGAACGCGUCCUCGGAGUCGGACUCGGCCUUCGAAGAGAAACAUGCUAUUAAGAAAACGAUCAUCCCAACAAAACCAGUAGUAAAAACAUCUGUGAAAAAGUGUGGUUCCUCAGAUUCGGAUUCAACCACCGAUGAGGAAGCAUCUAAGAAGGCUGUGACCUUGGCUAAACCUCCGGUUACAGUUGCUGCCAAAAAAAUUGAGUCUCGUGAUUCGGACUUCGAGUCAGACGAGAAGCCUCAAAAAAAGAUCCCCUUCGCAGCGAAGCCAACAGUAAAGGCUGCUGCAGAAAAUAGUGAGUCAGACUCUGAUUCCGAAGAAGGGACUUGUAAAAAGACAGUGACUCCUAAGCCAUCAAUAAAAAUCUCUGUAAAGAAGGAUGACUCUUGUGAUACAGCUUUGGUAUCCGAAUGUAAACCGGUCAGAAAGAGCGUUGGCUUUAAGCCUUUCGAAAAGGUUUCAGCACAGAAGGAUAAAACCUCUGAUUCGGAUACAGAUUCCGAGGAAGGGGGUCUCGAAAAGAUCUCAACAAAACCUUUUGCAAAGGCCCACACAAAAAAGGAUGAGCCCUUAGAUUCAACUUCGAAUUCUGGAAAAGAAAGUCCUAAGAAGUUUGGAACACCAGCCGCCAACUCAGUCGUGAAAAGCGUUCCUAAUGGGGCAAAAAUAAACGGCUACAAAGCAAUAAAGCGGUCCACCACAUCUCCCUCAUCAAGUGACACUGAAACUGAAAACGAAAAAGGAAAGGUGCCAGUAGUUAAUCAGAUCAUCAAAAGAAAAGCGGAUGAGCGUGAUGAGUCAGAGAGCAGCGAAGAAAUCAAGACGACGGCGCCUCCAUUAAAGAAGAGCGCAUUGCAGUCGUCGAACGUUGUCAAGAACUCUGCAGCACAUCAACCGCGUAAUAGUCCGUAUCGACGCGUGCGUGCUGAGGAGAUCAAGGUUGACCCGCGCUUGGCGGACAAUUCUUACGAGGCUAAAAUGAACGCGCACGGCAGCAAUUUCGGUGCACGAGCCAAUCAGGUCUUGAAGCAGGUUAAGGGACGCGACUUCCGACAUGAGAAGACCAAGAAGAAGCGUGGAACGUACAGUGGGGGUCAGAUAGAUACUGGGGUCAACUCAGUCCGGUUCGACUCCGACUAAAAGCAUGUUCACUACUUGAAUGCUCGCAGGCUGAUGAAAAUGAAAUAGCUAUAAGAACUGAGCAAGAAUGGUGUGAGUUUGUGGCAUGAGAGUUGUGUGGGCUAUCUUCACUUAGUAUCCUCGUUAGCUUGUGUAUAUAUUUUCGUUCAGCACAUACGUUAUGUAGAGAUGUCACACAUGUAUUUAUAUAUCUGUAUUCAGCAUACACAUAGGCCUCGAAUUAAAAACCCGAUAACCAUAAUUACGAUUUUGCUUUCCCGUAAAAGCUGCUAUAUAUUUGGUGCAUAAGCAACUUUCGCACGUAUCAAAUGUAACUGUUAACUAUUAAACAGUGCUAUUGAAGUUGUCAAUUAACAAUCCGACUAGCUCGAUAAAGCCGAUAAGAUCCUUUAUGGCUAAAGGAGUGUUCUCCGCUUUUGUGUACAGUAUGUAUAAUCCGAAUAAAGCAGCUGACAGGCAUCGUUGCGGGCUGUUCAUGUCAUCGGAUCGUCGACAAUUUCGGGGUUAAUACUUUUUAUACGCAAUCUUUUUCCAACAGAUUGUAUAUGCUGUACACGUAUGUAUGUAAGGAACUACUUGACAGUGCGAACUCAGAAUCUUAAACAACGUGAAAAAAAGCGUCUAGAACCGGCACAUUGGCAAAAUGAUGUCUCAUGAUGAGCUUUUUUUCACCCUUUCUUAAUAGAUUUUUGCGUUGAGGCAAAGCUAAUUAAUAAACAUACAACUAAUGUGUUAAUAUUCUCCAAUA